CAGACAUACAGUGAUCUUUCCAGCAUGAGAGAAGAAGGACAUGGACUGAGCUGAGUGGUUCAGACAGCUCACUGGUGUUCAGACUUUUAUAGUUUGCUCGGACUUGACAAUUCUUUAUAUUUACAGCUUGAACAGAACACCAACCGCAAAGACUGCCAUGAAUUUUUUAAAUGAAAGUUUUUACCAGAAUAUCUCUUUUGUUCAUCCUCAGUACUUUUACAUUAUUGGACUUUCCGGUACACCUUACAGCAGUUAUUUCUACGUUUUCUUAUUUAUCACAUAUUUCAUUACUUUAUUUGGGAACUCUGUAGUUCUUCUCAUUAUAGCUCUUGAGCGGAGUCUGCACAGUCCAAAGUACAUUGGUGUGUUUAACUUGGCCUUGGCUGAUAUUGGUGAAACUAAUGCUCUGAUUCCUAACAUGGUGAAGACUUUUCUGUUUGACUCACAGUACAUCUCUUAUAAUGCUUGCUUGGCAAACAUGUUUUUUGUGUUCCUCUUUAGCUCCAUACAAAGCUUUGCUCUUCUUGUUCUUGCCUUUGAUCGCUUUGUUGCGAUUUGUUUGCCAUUAAGAUAUCAUGCUCUUGUGAAUAAUACCACUAUGCUUUUAGCUUUCGCUGCAGUUUGGGCAUUUAACUCCUUUGUGGUGGCCUUGAUGGUGUCUUUGAUCACCCGACUUUCCUUCUGUCAGUCUAAUAUGAUACAGAGUUAUUUUUGUGAUCACGGACCAGUGUAUAGGAUAGCAUGUAAUGACUUUAGUAUAAAUAAGUUUAUGGCUUUUCUCAUAACUGGUUUAUAUCUUGUAAUCCCACUCUUUCUUAUAGUCCUGUCAUAUCUUGGCAUUUUUCUUGCUUUAACCAAAAUUACGACUUUUGAAGGACGUAUAAAGGCAUUGAAGACCUGUGUUUCUCAUCUGUUGUUAGUAGGAACAUUAUUCCUCCCUCUAUUUUGCACAUACUUUGCACAGCUUUUACUUUCUCUCAGUCCCAAUGCACGAGUCAUCUGCACGUCACUGGCAUAUACUAUUCCACCAAUGCUUAAUCCAAUAAUUUAUGUUUUAAACACAGCUGAAAUCAAAGACAUAAUUUGGAAAGUGUUUAAAAACAAAUCUGUGGCAGUUGAGAGUAUUUCAAAAUGACUGAAAUGUUUAUGCUGGCUUCUGUUAUUACAUUACUCAUAUGAAGAUGCUUGCUCAAGGUUUAUAUGAUUUACAAUAUAAAAAAAUUGUAUUUAUAUGGUAGCUAAAUUAUCACUGUCAUCUACAAAUGUAUUUUUUUUAAACAAUUGACUUUGAACUGAAGACUCCCUAAUGUAUUGUUGUUUGACUUUGUAAAACGGGUCAAUUUUGGCAUGAGUAUACUGUAUGCUGAACCAAGAUUUAAAGCUUUUUAUUGUGCGGCUACUGCUUUUACUUUGCUUGUUUCUGCGUUUGUUGUUUUUUUUUCCUUUUAUGUUGUACAGUAAUAAAUAAACAAUAUUAAUGAACAAACACACUGAUGCUUUGGUUAUUUAAUGGGUUUAGGCAAUGUCGUGCAUAGGCUUAUUGCUCAUUUUAAAGAUUGUCAAAUAAAAUUUAAGUCUAGAACA